AUGGUGUCGCGCUGGCACAGCUAUCUCAGCGUGUCCCUGUCACGCGAAGGGCCGCGGCUGGAGCGCUUUCAGCAGGCCGAGAACAUCCUGCUGACCCUGCUGGAGCGUGUCCACCGGAGCGACCCCCGCUUCCUCGUGGAUUACUGCCGCGACCUGGAAGCCUUGGAGUUUGCCCUGUGCGACGACGAGGAUGCCAUCACCCUGGAGGUGCCCCUGCGGGUUGACGGCAACACCCUGCGGGUGCGACUGUGCCAGCCCGGAGACGGCGCCUGUUACCUGGAAGUGCCAUCCCAGGAGGCCAGCUGGAAGGACUGGACCAGUGCUGGUGCUGGGGGUACUGGGUGCCUGGUACCGGGCAAAGUUCUCCGGUGCUUGAAAGAGCUCCUUGUUUCGGCUAUCGUGCACUGCCAGCGCCACUUCCUCCUCCAGCCGGGCGACCUCAACGCUGAGGAAUUAAAGGAAGAUGUCAUGGAGCUGACCCUGCUGGUCCGCGGCGGCUGGAAACCCCUCCGCUUCAACCUCGUCCCCGUGGUGAAGAGGCAGCAGGAGCCGCUGGAGCUCGGCCGGCGGCGCAGUGCCGAGGGCUUCCCUCAAGGCCAAGGCAGCCUCCGGAAGGCCACACGUGAGGCCCACCUCGUCCCUGCCUCUCCCUACUGCUGGAGAUCCUCCACGCACCUCCCCGUCCUGAAGCUGCUGCGGGCAGUGGGCACUCUGAAGGGUGACCGUCUUGACAGCCUCCGCCUGCUCGAGCAGGUACACCGUGAGGAGUGGAGGCAGGAGGCCCAGAAAGGCGGCCUCACCUUCGACCACCUCAAGAUGGUCUUUCUGUGGAGCACGGAGCUGUUUCCCUCACCAGAGGACUGGCAGGACCUGGAGGGCUCUGUCUACCGGCUUUUGGUGGUCCUUCUGUGCUGCUUGGCCAGUGGGCGCUUGCCGCACUUCCUGCAUCCCAAGGAGAACCUGCUCCGAGGGGACACGUCGGAGCUCGGCUCGCUCUACUGCAAGGUGGAGAGUUUCGCCCGGGACCCGCAUCGCUUCCUGCGCCUCCACUUGGGCCCCCCCGUGCACGCCGAUAACCUGCGCGCCGAUCCCGGCCUCAGAGCUCUCCUGCAGCUCCCGGCCAAGGACGAGACCUACUGGGACACAGCCUAUUUCGACCUCCUGCUCAGCCAGUUCCAGGUGUAUCGGAUCCAGGACCACGCGCGCCGCUCCGCCAUGUCCCAGCUCCUGUCCAAGGCCCUCAGAGAAGUGCUGGUUCUGAGCCCUCUGCCCGAGCAUCUGAGCAGCACCCUGUUUGCCAUCCCCACCACAUAG